AUGGCGCCGGCGGCGCCGGACGGCGGGGCCGAGUCGCAGCGGCAGGCGGACCUGCUCAAGCAGGAGGGCAACGCCUUCUUCAGGAAGGAACGCCUCAGCGCCGCCAUCGACGCCUACACCGGGGCCAUAACUCUCUGCCCAAAUGUUGCAGUAUACUGGACCAACCGAGCACUUUGCUAUAGGAAGCGGAAUGAGUGGGCUAAAGUUGAGGAAGAUUGCAGAACGGCUAUCCAGCUUGACAGCCAGUCUGUUAAGGCGCAUUACAUGCUCGGGCUAGCUCUUGUCAACAGCCAAAGAUUGUCAGAAGGAAUAAAAUCACUGGAGAAGUCCUUGGAGCUUGGAAGGGGUGCACAUCCUGCAAGCUACAUGGUUGAAGAGAUAUGGCAAGAACUUUCCAAAGCAAAAUACAUCGAAUGGGAGAGCUUAUCAAGAGAGCGAACUUCUCAACUGCAAAAGCUAAAAGUAGCAUGUAAAGAAGCCAUAAGGUGUUACAACAGCCUUGAUAACCCAGCUGCAGGUGUACCAGUAGAACAGCUAAAUGAGCUCGACGAAGUUUUCAAGAAGGCUGCAAAAGCUGAUACUCCAGCAGAAGUUCCUGACCAUCUCUGUUGCAAAAUUACACUUGAUAUAUUCAGAGACCCGGUGAUCACCCCAAGUGGGGUUACUUAUGAGAGGGCUGUACUUCUUGACCACCUUCAAACGGUGGGGAAGUUUGACCCCUUGACCCGUGAGCCACUUGAACCUCACCAGCUGGUUCCGAAUCUUGCCAUCAAGGAAGCUGUACAUGCAUUUUUGAGCGAGCAUGGCUGGGCUUACAAGAUUAGGUGA